UUGGGCGGUAGGAGAGUAUACCCCCGUUUUUCUGUCCCGAGAUAUUCAAAUUCGAUUCUCUCCAGAGUCCUCAAACCCCUAAAAACUCCUCUCUAGGGUUUCCUUCUUACCGAUCUCACUACAUCUCCACUUUCAGGAGCGCCCAGUAACAUCACAAUCUUACUCACUUCGAUCCGGGUUGACUCACUUCCAUGGCGGAAGAUUCAGUUCCAGUUCCAGUUCCAUCAUCCACCAAUACGGCGCCGUUGGGUCACUCAGUGAUUCCUAUAGUGAACAAGCUCCAAGACAUCUUCGCACAGCUCGGAAGUCAGUCCACGAUUGAGCUGCCUCAGGUAGCUGUCGUCGGUAGUCAGAGUAGUGGAAAAUCCAGCGUUCUGGAAGCCCUUGUCGGUCGCGAUUUCUUGCCUAGGGGUUCUGAUAUCUGUACUCGGCGCCCGCUUGUUCUACAGCUUAUACAGACCAAGCGUAAGCCAGAUGGUACUGAUGACGAAUGGGGAGAGUUUUUGCACCUUCCAGGGAAGCGAUUCUUUGAUUUCAAUGAAAUUCGUAGGGAGAUUCAGGCAGAGACAGAGCGGGAAGCGGGAGUGAAUAAGGGUGUUUCAGAUAAGCAGAUACGUUUGAAGAUUUUCUCACCAAAUGUUCUUGAUAUUACUCUUGUGGAUUUGCCGGGCAUAACAAAGGUCCCUGUUGGUGACCAGCCUUCUGAUAUUGAAGCCCGAAUCAGAACUAUGAUAAUGUCUUAUAUUAAACUUCCAAGCUGCUUAAUACUAGCUGUAACACCUGCUAAUGCUGACUUAGCCAACUCAGAUGCUCUUCAGAUUGCUGGAAAUGCUGACCCGGAUGGUUAUCGGACCAUUGGAGUAAUCACAAAGUUGGACAUCAUGGAUAGGGGCACUGAUGCUCGUAACUUUUUACUUGGAAAAGUGAUACCCCUUCGUCUUGGUUAUAUUGGCGUUGUGAAUCGCAGCCAGGAGGAUAUUAGGAUGAACCGGAGUAUUAAGGAUGCACUUAUAGCUGAGGAAAAGUUCUUCCGAAGUCGUCCUGUAUAUAGUGAACUUGCUGAUCGUUGUGGUGUUCCUCAAUUGGCAAAAAAGUUGAACCAGAUUCUAGUGCAACACAUCAAGACAGUUCUUCCAGGAUUGAAAUCACGCAUUAGUGCUGCAUUGGUAUCUGUUGCAAAGGAGCAUGCCAGCUAUGGGGAGAUCACAGAGUCCAAGGCUGGUAUGGGAGCACUUCUACUGAACAUUCUUUCCAAGUACAGUGAAGCGUUCUCUUCAAUGAUUGAAGGAAAAAAUGAAGAAAUGUCAACGUCUGAGCUGUCUGGUGGAGCAAGAAUUCAUUACAUCUUCCAGAGCAUAUUUGUGAAGAGUUUGGAGGAGGUAGAUCCUUGUGAAAAUUUAACUGAUGACGACAUCCGAACUGCCAUUCAAAAUGCAACUGGUCCUAAAUCUGCUUUAUUUGUGCCAGAAGUUCCAUUUGAAGUUCUUAUCCGAAGACAGAUAGCUCGUCUGUUAGAUCCAAGUCUUCAGUGUGCACGAUUUAUUUACGACGAGCUUAUAAAAAUGAGCCAUCGGUGCAUGGUUAAUGAAUUGCAACGAUUUCCUAUUUUGAGAAAACGGAUGGAUGAGGUUAUAGGUUACUUUUUGCGGGAAGGCCUGGAACCUUCAGAGACUAUGAUUGGACACAUUAUUGAGAUGGAGAUGGAUUACAUAAACACUUCACAUCCGAAUUUUGUUGGGGGGAGUAAAGCUGUGGAGAUGGCAAUGCAGCAGGUCAAGUCCAACAGGAUUACUGCACCUGUUCCGAGGCAGAAAGAUGGAGUGGAUUUAGAGAAAGCGCCAGCAUCUGAAAGAAGUCUGAAGUCACGUGCUAUUCUUGCUAGACAUGCUAAUGGAAUUGUUCCUGAUCAGCAGGUUGCUCGGCCUGCUGCAGAAGAGAAAACGACAACAUCUGGAUCAAAUGUUAGUUCAAGCUGGGGGAUAUCAUCAAUAUUUGGUGGAUCAGACAGUCGUAUAUCUGUCAAAGACAAUCCCAUUAGCAAGCCAUUCAGUGAACCUAUCCAGAGCAUGAAUCAUGCUUUCAUCCACUUGAGAGAGCCCCCAAGUGUGCUGAGGCCGUCAGAAACUCAUUCGGAUCAGGAGACUAUUGAAAUUGCUGUUACAAAACUGUUAUUAAGGUCAUAUUAUGACAUUGUCCGGAAAAACAUCGAGGACUCAGUACCUAAAGCAAUCAUGCACUUUCUGGUCAACCACACAAAACGAGAACUCCACAAUGUAUUUAUCAAGAAACUUUACAGAGACAACCUCCUUGAAGAGAUGUUGCAGGAACCUGAUGAGGUAGCCUUGAAGAGAAAGCGCACUCGUGAGACACUUCGUGUUCUUCAGCAAGCUUUCAAGACAUUGGAUGAGUUGCCACUUGAAGCUGAGUCAGUUGAAAGAGGCUACAGCAUAGGUACUGACCCAACAGGCCUACCAAAGAUUCAUGGUCUUCCAACGUCAUCCCUGUAUAAUUCCAGUGGCUCAACUGAUUCAUACACUGCUUCUCCUAAAAACCCAAGAUCACGCAAAUCAUCCCAUUCUGGUGAACUACAGUCACCAAUGUAUGCUGGUGCAGAUUCAAAUGGUGGUGGGCGUAAUUCUCUUGGUCUUUAUCCAACAGUUGAUAUGUAGGAGAUUUAUCAGAUGCUUUGGGGACAUUUGGAACCUCACCCCAUCUGGUGCAGUGAAGAGCCAUUCUAUAUUUGAUUUGUUCUGCCACAAUGAAGAUGUAUGACGAUUGUUUCGCUUUCCCAAUAUUCUUUAUUUCUAUUGUUCAAAUAGAAUGAUUUUGAGCUAUGCAAGGAAUAAUAAGAAGUCGUCUUCAGCAGGCUGCAGGCA